AUGGACGCACUGACACACCUUAUCCAAGGAGAGGUGCCAUGGUAUAUAUUGUUCGCUGAUGAUAUAGUUCUGAUUGAUGAGAUACGAGGCAGCGUUAAUAGGAGACUGGAGGUAUGGAGGCAGGCCAUGGAGUCUAAAUGUUUCCAGUUGAGUAGGACUAAGACGGAAUAUGUGGAAAGUAAGUUCAGUGAUAUGACGGGAAAAUCGGACGUGGGUAUGCGGCUUGACUCACAGGUCAUCCGCAAUAGAGAAAGGUUUAAGUACUUAGGGUCAAUUAUCCAGGAAGAUAGGGAGAUCGACAGGGAUAUUACUCACCUAUUGGGGUGGGGUGGAUGA